AUUUUAUGUGAAACGUUUUCUGCAUGUGGGAAUAAAUCGAAGAGUGUACAUUCAGGACUUGUGGUUGAGAGACGUAGAAAAUCUAGAAACGUGAAAACAAUUUCCAUUUGCUGCUGGAAUGAAAGUAAAUAGGCGACACAAUGACAGACAGUGGAGACGAGAUUGAGUUGUGCCAGAAUGUAGGACCGCACGAACUUGUGGAGGUUAAAUCCAAGGCUGUUGUUAAGUUUUCGGCGGUGCAGGUGCCAACGAGUUUUAAUCGUCUGCAGUGCAACACCAAUCUAAAUCUGCCUCCUUCCAAUUGGUUGACUACAUCAGACAACAGCGGCCUACACCAAGCUCUUUACCAGUCCCCAGGUUUUGCUAGCUUUAGCAUUGCCCACAUGUUUCCAGACUGCGUGGGCGAGGUGGACGUUGUUACAGAUGCUGAGAAUAUUAAACGGCUUUUGAAGCUGCCCUACACUUCUAAAAGUGCUGUUAGUAUGAUUGUUCAUAAAGUGGGCAACACACUGCUACUUGACGAGUUCGACAUACAAAAGUACUUGCUGCGUAAGGCCGAUGACGAUUGGAAGUGGCUACGUACUUUUAUACUGGAGCAUAUCCUUGCGUAUGGCGAGAAAGAUCAUAGCUUCUGUCUCAAGGAUAAAUCACGCGAGGCACUUCAAACUAAAAAUUUGUUGUCGAAAUUUCUAUACUACAGCUUAAAACAAUCAGGUGCUGAAGCACCAGAACAAGAAGCGCAACGCGUUCGUCCUGUUCUACCCAUUACAGGACCAGUACUACCUGAACCCAAAGUAGAGGAGAAUGUGCCGGAUCCGAAAUCAAGUCAUGUGUUCAAUCGGAAUGUUCUUUGGACAUUUGAAGAUAUACGAAUGCUUAUCGGCACUGAUAUGCCUAUUUUUGGUGGUCCCAAUCGGCCAUGCAUUAGCCUGAGAUUGCGCGACAUGGCUAAGCCCAUCAAUGUGCUAACUGGCAUUGAUUAUUGGCUCGACAAUUUGAUGUGUAACGUUCCAGAGGUGGUUAUGUGUUAUCACUUGGAUGGGAUUGUUCAGAAAUACGAAAUUAUCAAAACAGAAGACCUUCCAUAUCUUGAGAAUUCACAGUUUUCACCUCAAGUUGUGCGCAAUGUGGCACAAAAUAUAUUAGCGUUCCUGAAAGCUAACGCCACAAAAUCUGGGCAUACUUAUUGGCUGUUUAAGGGACGGAACGAUGAUGUUGUGAAGUUGUAUGACCUCACCACGCUCUGCCAAAAAGACACGGAAGCAAAUAGGUGUGACGAGAAGCAAGAAAAUCCUUUCACUGUGCCUGUGGCUAUGCUCUUAUACACAGUGGCACGUAACAUGAAGAGUACGGCCACACAGAUAACACCUAAACUGGCGGGCAACAUAAAGGCUUUGCUAGAUAACUGCAUUAAGCUAUUACCCAAAGAGAAAUAUCCGCAGAUUGUUACAUCUUCCCAUUAUAUACUAUCUGAUUUGCAUUUGCCGGCGGGAAUUGAUCCAAAGGCGCCAAAAUUUGAUAACUCUGAUAUUGAUUCCGACACUCAAUCAGUUUAUGAAGAAGAUGAAGAUGAUGAUUUGGACAAUGACGAUGACUUCAAUUUGAACGAUGUCCACGAUGAGUUAAUUGAAAAUGCUGAACAGAGUGGCAACGUGGCAGUGAAACAGAUUUGCGACACACUAAAGGAGUUAAAUCUGGAUGCCCAUAUUAAAAAUGGAAAACGCUAUCCGCGCAUACCGUCCCCGCUACAUGCGGGAAUAGAGGACCGAUGCCGUAUUUCUUUGGAGCAUAUAAGCGCUGGCAUCGCGUGCCUGAAGUUCUUCAACUCUAGCGAGGAAAAGUUUAUUAAAGAAAGUGAAGUGCGGGCCAAAGACGAAGAGAAGCAACGAAUAUUGCAUGAGGAACAACACCCGAAUAUGGCAAAACCCUUCAAACCCAUACCGUUACCCUACGAAAGCCUUAACAAAACGGCAUCAAAUGGCGAGCCAGACACUCUCAAACAUAAUAAUGACGAAACUGGCGAUAGUCAAACACAAAGCGAAUUGGACAAAAAAACGAAAAAGUCAAAAGUUAAACGCAGUAAGGGUAGAGAACUGAAAGAGUGCAGCAGCAUAAAAAUCGAAGCAAAUCAAGCACAAAGCCUGUCUGCCGCAGAAGACAAGCGAAUCGGAACGAAAUUCAAUUUGCAACAUUUCGGUUCAUGGAAUGUACACUUGAAACUGCUCUUGUUAGAGAAGGCCUGUCUUACGUACGCCACCUACGCGGAAUUCCACUACGUGGAGCAGAAAUACGGCAGAUGCUUGAAGGCUAUUUACAUGGCUUGUCGCUGCCAGGAGGUUGUCUUGAAAUACAUGUCAGACAUAGCAUCGCAAAAGAGUUGUCUGCUGGGUCGCGCAGGCGACUGCUUCUUUCAAAUGGCUAAGAACUGGCAGGACAUCGACAGCUAUCUCGAACAAUUCAAUGAGGAGUCCGAGAUUGCACAGAAUAUCAAUAAUGAGCUCGUCAAGGACUUGAAUGGGGAUGAUCUCAUUGAAUUAAUUACGCCAUUGGCUAAUAUUGAACAUUUGAUGCUGUCAAGCUGUAAGUGCUACGAGAAUGCGAUUGAGUGCAUCAUGGAAGGAAGUGAUUCCGAUGAAGAUGCCAGAAGCGAGUUACUGCGUCGUUUGGGCAAUGUGCGAAAUGAGUUGGGCCUAAAAUACAUGUACUGGGCGCAAGAGGAAUAUUCGAAAGUAAUGGAGAAUAACGCGCACAAAGUGAAUGAUGAUGACGAUUCUACCGAAUCUGGUCCGUCGAAGGAAAUUCAAACUGAGGACGAGAUGCAGAAAAGCGAAAAACCGGAAGAGCCGAUUUAUAUAAAAUUGGUAAUGAAAUCGUAUGACUGCUUGAUUCGGGGCAUCUCGGCGUUCAGUGAGGUGCACGAUAAUGUAAAUCUGGCUUUUUUGUAUUGCAAUAUGGGGCGGUUUAUGCGGUUCCGUGCGCACUUAUAUCUGCCAGAAGAAAACAUAAACUUUGUGAGAAAGCAGAAAACGUUCUAUAACGAAGCGUUUUUGAAUUACGAAAAGGCGAAGGAUAUAUUGGGCGCGCGAAAGUGUAGCCCAGAGUUGUGGGACUUGGUGAAUUGGGAACUUUCAACUGCCACGUUUACCUUAGCAAAACAGUUGCAAGAUUUCAGUACUGCCGAUGAGGCUACGCGGAGUGAAUUAGAGAAGGAAGUCUUAGACCUGCUGCAAAAGUCAUUAAAACUCUGCGACUUAGAGCAUCCUGGGUCAAGACAAAUCCUCUACACAUAUCGCUCAGGUCUAAUACACAAACGCAUCGCUUCAUUUCACUAUAGUCAGCUGCGUAACAGCUGCACUGACAACGCAAUCCCUAAAGCCACUUUGCAACUAUGCAAGCAUCACUACGAGCGCGCCGCUAGUAUUUUGGAGGGUUUGCGUGAAGCCAGCGAUUAUCUGGUGGUGCAGCUCGAACGCAUUUCAUUGCAAGAAUUCUUAGCCGAGAUUUCUACUCAUAUUGCGCAAAAAAUAAAACACUUGCAAACCGCCUUGAGUUUGUGUCUAAAGUCAAAAGUUGUAUUCGAGUAUGCCUUAGCCAUGAAUAACCCCACGGAACGCAACACAACGAAUGAUGAGUUCUGCAAGCACAUCUUAUUGUUUGAAAGCCGCUUGCAGAACACACUGAAAACACUAAUAAAGAUGUUGCUCAAUGGAAAGGAUCCAAAAAAAUUAGUUGAGCUUUAUAAAAAGAUGUAUAUGACAACUCUAACUUUUAAACGGGCAACAGGCGAGCAGAACGCCACGGUGGAGCAGCUGGCGCAACAUUUUUCCAAUUUAAUGCAGCAACUGAACGAGCUAGAGCAGUCACAUAAACCAAAUGUGAGCGAGAAGCUAUAACCAACUACUACUAACUAAUUCAAUGCGAUGAAUUUCUAUAUUCCCGGCUUUGAGAGAAAAUUCUUAAAAAUGGUUGUUUCAGCUUAAAUUUAAUUUAAGACGUUUGAAUAUUAAUUAAUCUAUAGGUCUUCUUAGUUUAAGAAACGCUUUGUUGACACACUUUGGACGUUAUUUGAAACUUUGUUACACCGCGACAAACCAUUAGAAGUAAGCUAAUUUACGAUGCUACUAAAUUAAUAUUUAUUUGUGAGUUGAAUUGCGUUACUUUGUAAAUGCAUUUUUUGUAUUGAAUGCCCCUCUGCACAUCUUGCGCAAAUCCGAAUGAAAGCU